UAAUGAAUAAGAGUAAAAAUGUGGUUUUAUUUAUGUUGUCCAGUAUGUUAUUGUUCGUAUGUUUAGAGUAGCUACCUACGCGCAUGCGCGACCACAUCUGACUCACCGUGGCAGUCAGUGCCAAAGUGUUGCAGUUGGUUUUACAACGUUCGCGUCGAAGCGUUGCUUUCCGUUCAUUUUAUAAACACGACGUUUGUUUUUGUGGACAAGUAAAAUCCAUUGAAGCAGAAUGUCUCACACGGUGACGAUCACCCGGACAACGACGACGAGCACCGGACAUGCCAUCUUCGUUAACAACGGCUACCUGGGAACGUUACCCGGACUGCUCAAACUGGCACAACUAUUGCUGGGAGCGGCGUGUAAGCCGGAGCUCUUCUUCCUGCUUGUGGCGGUCGCCUGCCUGGUCGGCACCUUCUGUUUGCUUACCGCCUGCCUCGUGUCCUUCUCUACUGCUUCUAUGAUAUCAAAAACUAUAUACGAGGUGAUAUAUCACGGGGUGGCGUUCAUAUUAUACUUAGCAGCGGGUCUUACACUCAUAAUUGAAGUUAAUCAUCAGAAAAACAACUAUCGGAACGAUUUUGAACCUUAUUUGGCUGCAGCGGUGAUGGGUCUUGUGAUGGCCGGUCUUUAUUUACUUAGCACUUUCUUAGCAAAUCGUACAUACCGUGGUAUUUAAGAUGUUAACUACUAGUUUAUUGAGUCGCCUUAAUCAUUUGUAAAGGUACUGACCGAUGUAACGGGGUGUAAUAUUACACAACGAGCAUUUAUAAUCAGCAAUAGUUAAGAGGAAACUAGCUAGCAACAAGCUGUUCAAUGCGUUACACCUUGUAACAUCAGUAUCCACAUAAUAAAACAAACGCCUUCAGUAUUUUAAGAGUUAUUUAUGUAUGAAAAUUCAUACAUACAUUUACUACGUUUGUCUGUGCCAUAUUUGAUUUUUGAAGGAAAAAGCUCGAAUUUCUGCCAGAUGUUCAUAAUAUUAAUCUUGUUGUGUAAUUUCCAAAUAACAUUGAGUCUAAAAAACGCUGUGGCGCACAAAAUAGUCCUGUUUUCACAUUAAUUAAAGAUUUGUAUCUCUUUAUUACUUAGGCUAAGAACUGGUUAGCUUAGAUAAUAAUUUUACCUAUUAUUUACGCUUAACAAUUUAAAUGCGGUUAGUGUUACGACAGCAU